AUGACAUCACCGAGAGAUGUUGGGCAAGUUCACAGCAUCAAGGAAAGGAAAGGCAAGGAAGAACCACGAAGAAGAGAAAACCUAUCAGGACUGCGAGGACAAACACGAAAAACACUGGGUCUAUCAACUACAAAAUCCUUCAAUCUGUCACACCAACUAAGCUCGACUUCGAAUCGACCAGAUUCUCAAAACCGAAGACCCAUCUUACCCCCACUUAUCAUGGCCUCCACCAUCUUCCCAAACUCGAACCAUCAACCAAGGGUGCACCCCUACUCUCCCUCGAACAAGCACUCAUUCGCAUUCCAAUCGGUCACCACACGCUGGCCGAAGAUACUCACCCAAGUCAUCGAUCAUCUGGUCGACCAAAACAACCAACUACUCGAUCGACUACCCUCCGAUCCAGAUUCACAAUCACUCAAAGCCAAACUCACUCAGGGUAAAGCUAUCAUCAGUCUGAUCUCCGAAUUAAAGUAUGAAGCAGCGAGAGAUAAGGAGCUAUCCCCAUUGGAGUCUAAUCAGAAUUAUACCGAACAAGAAAAUCAGAUUAUUCUUCUCUACAACCAAGAACUCUCAAAAUCCAAAGCGGCUGGCAAACCGACCUGGUUUUCCGCAUCUUGGCUUUUAACGGAAUGUUAUUUAUAUCAACGAUUACACGGAUUUUUCAAUCGGCAUGAACAUUGGAAAAACUUCGAUCCAUUCGAGCAUCAAAAACUAUCCAGCUUCCGUUCCUCUUGGAGUGCAGUUUCAAACCUCUGUCUUAUCCUAGAUCGACUGACUAAGCAAGACAAACAAUCUUCUGUCACCGAUGAUGAUCUGCUAGGGCGUCGGGCUCAGUUUAACGAGCUCUUGAGUGCUUGCUUAUGGGGUAACGCAACGGAUCUGUCUUUACUUCCCAAUAUGACUCACGAAGAAAUCCAGCAUCUCCAAACCAGUUCGUCGAGGAAGCCGGAGUCAGUACUAAGAGAUGACUCUGCCCAAGUUUGGCAAACUUGUUUCGACUUUAAUAGCAGUGUACCUGGGAAACCUUCCGCCAGAAGGAUUGAUUUCGUUUUGGAUAAUGCUGGCUUCGAGUUGUUUACUGAUCUGGUCUUGGCUGAUUGGAUCGUUUCAAACUCCAAAGCCGCCCAAAUCGUCUUUCAUCCCAAGUUGAUUCCUUGGUUUGUCAGUGAUGUGAUGAAAAAAGAUAUAGACCAACUGCUUGAAUCAAUGGUCGAUCCUCGCAAUUUCUUCACAUCGACAGGCACGGAUCAAUCAUCGACCAACCCCGAUCAGACACAUGAUGCACAUUUCCUUGUUGUUCAAGAAAUCGGCAGGAGAUGGAAGAGCUACUUUGAGUCCGGGGCGUGGAAAGUAAUGGAUUCGUCACUCUUGUCGUUCUGGACGAAUCCUUUACCGUUCUGGGAUAUUGCAUCUCGAGAUACAAAACUACUAGAGGAGCUCCGAGCGGCUGAUCUAGUAAUCUUCAAGGGCGAUCUGAAUUAUCGGAAGUUAACGGGCGAUGCUCAGUGGGAAACAGAGACUCCGAUUGAAGAAGCCAUCGGCCCAUUAAACGGACUAUUCAACCUGUUAUCGCUUAGGACUUGCAAGGCAGAUGUUUGUGCAGGAUUGGGGUCUGGAAAAGAGGCAUGGGUCUCCAAGAUCGACCCAGAUUGGAGGAUCAAUGGAAAAUUUGGCUUGAUUACAUUUGUGCCUAAAAAACAAGCCCCGUAAUUUGAUUUUUUUUCUCGCUUUUUUUACAUCUGUAAACUGUUACUAGCUGAUCUCCUGCUGUUUGGCAUGAAGCUAGUCCGUGGAUGUCUUGUUUUCUUGCCUUUUUUUCUUGUCUCUCUUUUUGUGAUUAUGUUUGGGUCUUUUGGAUUACUAUUGUUAUCGUUAUAUUAAUUUAUUGCUAUUGUUUCCUGGGGAAAACAAAUCAAAAUCUCUAGUUCUGAUCCAUUUCAAGAACAGA